GCCAUUAGGAAAUAUUGCUUAUUAAGUAUAUGACCCAUUUUAAUUGCUGACUUCACAGAACAAGAUACUUUCAGCAAAACUUGCAAGUCUUAUUGGUUUUCAUUACUUCAUGCAGGUGAUGCAUAUAAUUUAAUUAAUAUAAAAUGAAUCCAAUAUUUCUACUAUCAAUUCUCUAUUUCUUAUCUGCAUCAGCAACUAUACAUAGUAAAACUAAAAUAAAACCUUUAAAUGAUACUCUUACAACUUCAACUGAAUCUCCAAUUGGUUGUGUUUGUGGAAUUUUUUUAAGUGGACAGUUUGAAAAAGGCAACAAAGAGCCACCUAAAGGAAAUCCUGCUAUUUUUCAUAAUUUGCCUGGAACAUUUCCAUGUACUCCAAGUGGAAAUAGACUCUGUACAAAUAAAUGCUUGGACAUGAUUAUUAAAUAUUUGCCAAACAGUUCUAAAAUACUAUGUAGUUCAAUAAAACAUAACUGUCAUAAAGAAAAGGCUUACUUAUUUAUCAAGAACUGUAAAAGUGGCUGGAUUAAUACAAAUCUUUCUGCUGGAAGAGAGUAUUGUUGUAAGGGUGGCACACCAUACAAAUGUCCAGUAUAAUAUAUAAAAUGAAUAUCUUUUAUUAUGCUUUCAAUUUAUAAACUUUAUACCUUUUUAAUUCAAUAAAACUAUAUUUGAUUCUGC